UGGAUUUGCUCUUUGAGACACAAGCAGGAAGACCAGACACACACGGGAGGAGGAACAUUCACUGCCUCCAACCUCCAACCUUUUAAUGGCAAACAGAAACAAAGUGGCAACAGACUGAACCCUCGCCGACCGACCGUCAGCAGAUGGAGAGGAAGGAGGAGGUGAAGUUUGUCGGAGCGGCCAUGUCUCUGCCGGUGGACCUGAGCUGCCUGCAGGGCGGGGGGGCAGCAGCGCUGUCGACGCUGGAGAAACAGCUGAUCUGUCCCAUCUGCAUGGAGGUCUUCAACAAACCGGUGGUCAUCCUGCCCUGCCAGCACAACCUCUGCAGGAAGUGUGCCAACGAGCUGUACCAGCCCUCCCUGUUCCAGGCUCGCACCACCAUGACGGUGAGCAGCGGUCGUUUCCGAUGUCCGUCCUGCAAACAGGAAGUGGUGCUGGAUCGCCACGGUGUCUACGGCCUGCAGCGGAACCUGCUGGUGGAGAACAUCAUCGACGUCUACAAACAGGAAGUCAGCAACAACAGCAAGGCCACAAGGUGAAGAGAG